GAAGGAGCGCGCCUGCCUGAGGGCCGCCAUUUUGGACUCAUUCGGCCUCCCCCUUGGGAUCUCUUUAAUGUUCAUUGUUAUACCAGUAUAUUGACUUCACAAUGAAGAAAAAGCUGUGUUGUAAAGCGUGUUGGUGACUUGCUCACAGCCACAAAGACAGAACUGUGUUUGGUGGCUCCCAAUAUGGUGUUCUUUCCAACACACCAAACUCAGGUUGCCGGAGAUAGGAUACGAGCCUCCUCCCAAAGAAACACUUAAGGCAAACGAGCAAAACACAACUCGGCCGCCCAGUAACUAGAAAUUGGCGCAUGCGCAGUGUUGCUUCUGGGACUCCACCCCGCCUCCUCAGGGCACUCAAGAGUUAGGCGUCUUUUUUUUUCCGCCCCGCCUCUAUCCUCCGUGCCUUUGCCGCCACUACCCGCCCCUUUCCCGCCCGGAUGUUGUUUUAGUUUCGCCGGAUGUUGUUGUGAGUCCGAGAGACGCGUGAAGUGCUGCUACGUCAUCACUAGGCACGCGCAGGAAACAUGGCGGCGGCGGUCGCUGUGAGCGGGAAGAUUAUAUAUGAACAGGAAGGGGUAUAUAUUCACUCAUCUUGUGGAAAGACCAAUGACCAAGACAGCUUGAUUUCAGGAAUAUUACGUGUUUUAGAAAAGGAUGCUGAAGUAAUUGUGGACUGGAGACCACUGGAUGAUGCAUUGGAUUCUUCUAGUAUUUUCUAUGCUGGAAAGGACUCCAGUUCAGUUGUAGAAUGGACCCAGGCCCCAAAAGAAAGACCUCAUCGAGGAUCGGAACAUCUGAACAGUUACGAAGCAGAGUGGGACAUGGUUAAUACAGUUUCAUUUAAAAAGAAACCACAUACCAAUGGAGAUGCUCCAAGUCAUAGAAAUGGGAAAAGCAAAUGGUCAUUCCUGUUCAGUUUGACAGACCUGAAAUCAAUCAAGCAGAAUACAGAGGGUAUGGGCUGGUCGUAUUUGGUAUUCUGUCUAAAGGACGACGUCGUUCUCCCUGCUCUGCACUUUCACCAAGGAGAUAGCAAACUACUGAUUGACUCUCUUGAAAAAUAUGUGGUAUUAUGUGAAUCUUCACAGGAUAAAAGAACACUUCUUGUGAAUUGUCAGAAUAAGAGUCUUUCACAGUCAUUUGAAAAUCUUCUUGAUGAACCUGCAUAUGGUUUAAUACAAGCAGGACUGCUAGACAGAAGAAAGCUGUUGUGGGCCAUUCACCACUGGAAAAAAAUUAAAAAGGAUCCUUAUACAGCAACUAUGGUAGGAUUUUCCAAAGUCACAAACUACAUUUUUGAUAGUUUGAGAGGCAGCGAUCCCUCCACACAUCAACGACCACCUUCAGAAAUGGCGGACUUCCUUAGUGAUGCCAUUCCAGGUCUAAAGAUAAAUCAGCAAGAAGAGCCAGGAUUUGAAGUCAUCACAAGAAUUGAUUUGGGAGAAAGACCUGUUGUUCAAAGGAGAGAGCCAGUAUCAGUAGAAGAAUGGACUAAGAACGUUGAUUCCGAAGGAAGAAUUUUAAAUGUAGAUAAUAUGAAGCAGAUGAUAUUUAGAGGGGGACUUAGUCAUGCAUUGAGAAAGCAAGUGUGGAAAUUUCUUCUGGGUUAUUUUCCUUGGGACAGUACUAAGGAGGAAAGAAUUCAGUUACAAAAACAAAAAACUGAUGAAUACUUCAGGAUGAAACUGCAGUGGAAAUCUGUCAGCGAGGAACAAGAGAAGAGAAAUUCGAGGCUAAGAGAUUAUAGAAGUCUUAUCGAAAAAGAUGUUAACAGAACAGAUCGAACAAACAAGUUUUAUGAAGGCCAAGAUAAUCCAGGGUUGAUCUUGCUUCAUGACAUUCUGAUGACCUACUGUAUGUAUGAUUUUGAUUUAGGUUAUGUACAAGGAAUGAGUGACUUACUUUCCCCUCUUUUGUAUGUGAUGGAGAAUGAAGUGGAUGCCUUCUGGUGUUUUGCCUCUUACAUGGAUCAAAUGCAUCAAAAUUUUGAAGAACAAAUGCAAGGCAUGAAGACCCAGCUAAUUCAGCUGAGUACCUUACUUCGAUUGUUGGACAGUGGAUUUUGCAGUUACUUAGAAUCUCAGGACUCCGGAUACCUUUAUUUUUGCUUCAGAUGGCUUUUAAUCAGAUUUAAAAGAGAAUUUAAUUUUCUAGAUAUUCUUCGAUUGUGGGAGGUCAUGUGGACUGAAUUACCAUGCAAAAAUUUUCAUCUUCUUCUCUGCUGUGCUAUUCUGGAAUCAGAGAAGCAACAAAUAAUGGAAAAGCAUUAUGGUUUCAAUGAAAUACUUAAGCACAUCAAUGAAUUGUCCAUGAAAAUUGAUGUGGAAGAUACACUGUGCAAGGCAGAAGCAAUUUGUCUACAGAUGGUAAAAUGCAAGGAAUUACCACAAGCAGUCUCUGAGAUCCUGGGGCUUCAGGACAGUGAGGUUACAACACCAGAUUCAGACACUGGUGAAGAUGAAAGUUUUGGCUUGACACACUGUCCUGUGUCCACAUUUCCGAGUGGCACCCUGCCCAUACUUACUACCAGUGGAGCCAGAGACGGCCGCCCAACACAGAUACCAGUGUCCUCAGAUGUUAGCAGACUGACACCUGCAUGAUCAUUCUUCUUGCUUUUUUCCUGAAGAGACACUUUUUUGAAAUUCCUUUUCAAGUACUUGAAAAUUGGAAAUUUAAAAUCUUGGUAUUGAUCAUGCUUUAAGGUAUAUGGAAAGAAAAUGUACUGAUGUUCUUGCAUUAAAGCUUUACAAAGAUUUAAACUAA